UCUCCGUGGGCGCUGCACGGAGCUGCAUGUCUGCAGCGGCUACCUGUGGUCUCUCAAGACGGGAGCCCCAUAGAGGAAGAGUUCAUGGAGCUAAUGCACCUGAUGGAGUUAGAGAGAAGUCUGCUCUCGGACCACGAGCUGAGGCUCCUGGAGGAUGCUGCACUGAUGAGCCGGAAACAAGAAGAGGGUUAUGAUUCAGAUGAGGAGGAUUAUAGGGACAACGAAAUUGUUACAGCUCAAGAUCUGGAAGAUAUUUGGGAACAGAAACCGAAGCAAUUUCAACCAGCUCCGAGGUCACAAGGUUUAGCAGACAGCCUGAUCUUGUUGGCGAAGAAGGAUGUUGGCAGUCAAAAGCUUUGGCUCCUGCCUCAGAUACAGUGGCAGACGGGAGAGACUCUUCGACAGACGGCCGAACGUGCCCUUGCAAGUCUUCCAGGUGCUGAUAAAAAGGCCACUUUCCUUGGCAAUGCACCCUGUGGAUUUUAGAAAUAUAAAUACCCAAAGGUCAUUCAGAAAGAGGGCAGUGUUGGAGCCAAGGUGUUCUUCUUCAAAGCUGUGCUGUCCAGCCAUAAGCACUUACCCCUAGAGAAGAAUUCAUUUGCUUGGGUAAAAAAGGAGGAACUCCAGGACUUCCUGAAGCCAGAGUACCUGAAACAAGUCAGACGUUUCAUUAUGGCUCUGUAAUAUGGGAAGACAUGGACAUAAUGGAGAAUAUGUUGGAAAGCAGAGGCACAAGUUUAUGCUUUUCAUAUUUUUUGGACUAUGAUUCCAUGAGUUUGGACCCUAUUCCAUCAGAUGACCGCAACAAUCAACAUGAGUGAUGUUCAGAUUGUCAUAUUGAUGUUAUACAGUAUGUUCCAUAUACUAUAUUGUAUGUAUUUAUCCUGCUUGUAAAUGAAAAACUUCUGACAAUGUAUGCAAUAUUAA